CAUUGCAAGGCUGUAUUUACUCUUCAGUAACCUUUAAUCUCCCUUUACAACUUCCACUCCUCCUCUGUGCUCUUUACUAUGGCUGAACUAGCUCUCGGCAUCGUUGGAGUCAUAAACUCGAUCCAAGCAUGCAUAAAGGCAAAAUCGUAGUAUCAAAAUACCGCACGUUCAAGGACGCCGGCUCCGAGAUAUACGAACGAGUGCUGAUAAUCGAAGCAACCUGGUCUAAAAUCUCCCAGCAGCUGGAUUUCCUUAAUCGCAUCUGUGGCAGUCUCAAUCCAGAGCACCGAGACCUGCAACAGCGUAUUCUUCUUGCCUUCCAUAAUAAGCUCGAGCUAAGUGUGCUCGAGGUCAGCAAACUCGAGCAAUCUUCUGACUCCGGUGGUAGUGCGCAACGGCGACUGAGAGCGGCAAAAUAUGUUCUUUCUGUGAAGAGGCCUUUGGACUUGGUUAUUCAGCGUCUACAGGCAUGGGCGGCGGAGUUUGAUCCGACUUGGUGGUUGAUCCUACGAAUGGCUGAUACGGCCAUUGACAAGGAAAUAGAUUCUGCACCAAGUCAAGACCAGAUCCAGGGUCAAAUUCUUGCUCCUAAUGAUAGAAACUACAGGCUCGAAGCCGCUCGACAUAUCCGAGAUGCUUUGCAAGCAAACGAGCAGUCUACAAAGGGCUUGUUCCUUAGAGAAGCAACGUUGAACUCGGCAGAUCGGUCUGAUAUCCCAUUUUCCACCUCGCAAAUCAUCACACUAUCAGUUUCCAGAAAGCCAACCUCUUACAUAUUGGACUCUGUGGACUGUACAAGAGUAGAAGACGAUGCUGUCUUUGCGAAGAAUGUGCGAGACCUGGCACUAAGACUUGAAAAAAUUGAUGCAGCAGCCUUCCAUCUUCUGCAAUGCCAUGGCGUCACAAGAACCAGGGAUCCAAGCACAAAGCGAGUGACUUCGUUCAAUUUCAUCUUCAAGAUACCAAAGGACUGCCACCACCAUCAACCUCAGAGUCUGCGCUCUCUUCUCCUAUCACAGACCAACCCGUCUCUAACUGCGAGACUCGAAUUGGCAAAGCAGCUGGCCACGGCACUCAGCUACGUCCAUGUCCUAGAUUUCGUGCACAAGAAUAUACGCCCUGAAACAGCUUUGGUCUUUAAAAGCCACGGCUUAGACUCUUCAUCACUGGCUCAUGGAUUCGGCCCAUUAUUCCUCGUCGGAUUCAAAACAUUCCGCACUGUAGACGGGAAAUCUCUCCGUCUAACCACUGCCGACAGGAUUGAGAAUAUAUACCAGCAUCCAGAACGACAGGGUAGAGACCCAAGCACAGACCACCGAAUGCAGCACGACAUCUACAGUCUUGGCGUGUGUCUACUUGAGAUCGGGCUCUGGAAGUCGUUCGUUGCUGGCGAUUCUUCAUCUCCGAUACUACUGUCCGAGCUGAGUUCGGUAGCCAAUAUCAAGGCACAUUUCACGGCCCUGGCAAAAGAAUGUCUCCCGUCUGCUAUGGGUGAGAAGUACACUGGCGUUGUGGUCAAUUGUUUGACCUGUAUGGAACCCGAUAAUGUGGACUUUGGGGAUGAGGAUGAGUUUAAGGAUGAGUUUGGGAUUGGGAUUGGGGUUAAGUAUAUUGAAAAGAUUCUACUACAGCUUAAUGAGAUAUCGUUAUGAGGUAGUCGGUUGGAUAUUCACAAUACUUGCAUGUUUCAACUUAUACAGUAAUA